AUGGCUUCUUCAGUUUCAACUUCUCCAACCCAGAGUCCCCCCAAGCCCGAGGGUCCUUACUUUUCAGACUUUGGAAUCACUGAUUCAGGUGGGCUUUACGCUACUAACAACCCCUUUCAGAGGAGUGGACCAAUAGAUGCAGUGGAACGCAUUGCUCUGGCAAAUCAUGAUAAACUAUACAUGCGGGUAGAUAUGCCAGGUGUCCCCAAAGAAAACAUGCACUACUCUCUCGAUGCUGACAACAACGUGUUCUUUGGAGGCUUAGCUCCCAAAGAAUGGGAGCACGAUGACCAGGAAAGGGAGUACGGAGGUUUUAUUGGUCUGCGUUGUGGUUGUUGUAGAGUCAAAAAACUUCAUGGCAGUAUCAGCAACGGUGUGCUGAGGAUGACAAUGUCUAAGAAGAAAUUGAAGAAUAUGAAGAACAGUAAUACUUGUUGCACUCAUGGUCCUCAUCAUGUGGACACUUCCAUGCCUCAAUCGGAUGAAGAUUUUGCUGAAGAUAAGCCAGGACGUUUACGUACAGCGUGUCACCCAUUCCAAACCAAAGGGCCCAAAGAAUCAUAUGGAGCAAAAGAGCUGAAGGAUGGUUUUUUUGUGUGGGUGGACAUGGCUGGAGUCACUAAGGACAAGGUGAGUGUUGGCGUGGAAAAUGGUCAUGUUUUGUUCUCUGGUGAAGCUGGGAAGGAGUCUAAUCACGAGGAGAGUGGUAGGACCUAUAAAGGUAGAUUUGGACCCUUUGAUGUGAAAAAGAUUGGGGACAUCAAAACUGAUGUGAAAAAUGGUGUUCUGAGGAUGUUUAUUCCAGCAAUAGGUGAAGAGUAG